AAAAUAGAUCCCAAGAAAAGGUCUUUAUGUGGGAACAUUUGAACGACAGCUCAAGAAAUCAGGUAACAAGUUCAAGUUUGGACAAAAACCAUAAUUGUAUCAGCAACUUAGUUACAAAGUGGCUUAAAGACGACAAAGAUAAUGCAUUGACUUUGACAAGGUACAGAUAGAAUAUGGAUGUAUUCCAUGCUAUGACAAGCCAAGUAAUGUUAACUCUUAAAGAAGUUUUUCUUCUUGUCUGAGUUCAUGUUGUGGUGAGACUCUCCAGGUCUAAUUUAGCAGAGUUCACAUACUGCAUGUCACACCUACACAGCCUCCAGAGCCUCUCGCAGUGCUGGGUUUCUUUUCACACUUUGGUUGCUUCCUCUGUAAACUGCCUCGGAUGUGAACUUGUUUAUUUUAUUUUUGUUCACUCAUACCAAAGAAAAAAAAAAAAAACAACUCAAGAAAAACAUGCUAUCACGUGGCACGACGACACAAGUCAAACAAUCGAGCUAAAGGGACAGAUGGCUGCAAACGAGAGCGCAAACGGAUCACUGAGAACUGCAGAGGAUUUCAAAACUUCAGCAUGCGGAGAUAGAAAAUCCUGGAAGAAAAUGCAUCUGACUUAUAGAGGGGCUGUUGCUAUAGCAGCAAUAUCUCUGAUCGCCGCGAUCAUUUUGUCCUCCGUUUUAUUUGCCAUCUGGGGAGCAGCACAAGAAGAAGAUCCAGCCUUUCGAAAUAAACAGACGGAAAACCUGCAGCAGUGCCAAGAAGAAUGUCAGGACCUGAAAAUGAUGCUGCACUUGGCCACUCAGGACUCCAGAUGCCGUUUGUGUCCUGAAGGCUGGCUGUGGUGGAGGCGGCACUGCUACUUUUUCUCAGUUGGACUCCAGGAAGACCGUCGGUGGAACGAGAGCGCCGAGUUCUGCCAGGAGCACAACAGCAGCCUGGUUGUGAUCAAAGACGAUGCAGAGAUGGAUUUUCUCCAAGGAGUUAUGUGCAAUGCCACCAAAUUUCCUUUCCUGUGGGUGGGACUGACGGACAGCCAGCAGGAGGGACGCUGGCUGUGGUUGAAUGGGAAGGACGUCCAGGACCCGCUGGCGGUGCAGUGGGACAACGAUGACAGGGACUGUGCAGACCUGAGGGGAGGCGGGACCCUGUUUGCUGCAGACUGUGAGGAGUACGGACCCUGGGCCUGCAAGAGAGAGUCCUGACCGGCUCCACGCCCUUCUUAUCUGCAUUUCAGUAACAAACUGCAAGCUGAGGGAGAUCUCGAGUUUUAUAUGUCCAGUGAAAGAUCAAGCCAGCCCUACUGGAAGCUAAAGUGAAAGAAAUACUUUAUUGGUGGAGCUUAAUUGUUUAAUGUUCACUGGAAAAAUGCAGAUUUUUUUGCAACAACAUCAGAUUAUUUAUGACAACAGCUUCUUCUAAAAGUGCAGUUUAAAGUGCAUGAAUCAGAAAGCAAACCACGUGUUCAGCCUAAUAAAUGUUUCUUUUUAUCGUU